GUUUCCCUAACCAUGAUUUGUAAUCGCAGGUGAUCGGCCCAUACCGCUCUGGCAAAUCCUUCCUUCUCAACCAGCUCCUCUCCCUCUCUUGCGAUGAAGGCUUUGAAGUUGGGCACAUGCGUGAUGCUAAAACCAAAGGUUUGUGGGUUUGGGGUACACCAGUGGAGUUGGUCAUUGAUGGAUCAAAAGUAUCUGUCCUGUAUAUUGAUACUGAAGGAUUUGAAAAUGUGGGGAAUUCAAAUGUAUACGAUGACAGGGUCUUUGCUCUGGCGACACUAAUCAGUUCUGUGCUUAUUUAUAAUAUACCUGAGACGGUUCGUGAGGCAGAUAUAUCUCGACUAUCAUUUGCUGUUGAAAUUGCAGACGAAUUCUAUGCAAGAAUGAAGGGAAAUGAGGAUGCAUUCGAGCCUGCAAAGCUCUUGUGGCUUAUCCAACGAGAUUUUCUGCAAGGGUGCUCUGUUCAAGAAAUGGUGGAUGAAGCACUUCGGCCAGUUCCAAAUGAAAGUGGAGAUGAGAAUAUUGAUAAGGUCAACAAUAUUCGCAAAUCCUUGGCGAUAAUGGCCAACGAUAUCUCUGCCUUUGGCUUGCCACAGCCUCAUCUUCAAAGGAUAAGACUUUGUGACAUCAAGGACAGUGAACUGGAUCCAUUGUAUGUGCAAAAAAGGGAGCAGUUUAAACAACUUGUUGAGUCCAUUAUACGUCCCAAGAUUGUGCAGGGGAAUCCUCUAAAUGGAAAGGAGUUCAUAGCCUUCCUGGAGCAGACUCUUGAUGCCUUGAAUGAAGGUGAAAUUCCAUCUACAGGUUCAAUUGCGGAAGUAUUUAAUAAGGAAAUUCUUGAACGCUGCUUGAAGUUAUACAGUAAAGAGAUGUCCAAUUUGCAGCUGCCUGUACCAGAGGACAAGCUGCUGUUGGCUCAUGAGGUUUCAAAGGCGAAAGCAAACAAUCUGUUUGAUCGACAAUAUUUUGGUUGGCGCAGCGCUAAACAAUCCUUUCUGAAAUUCAAUAAUGAAAUCAAAAAGGUUUAUGACACUCACAUUACAGAAAACAAAUAUCUGUCAAUUAAACUAUGUGAAGCCAGCUGGAGUGAGUGCGAGGAUAGAAUGGAUGGCCUUCUAGCAACAGGACUUCCUUCCAUGAGAAAGUUCAAUGCUAGUUUUGAUCAAUGCAAUGAGCAUUUUGAAAGAGACUGUGUUGGGCCAUCAAAGGAAAAGUAUGCUCUGAAAAUGGUGAAGAUGCUUAAAAAAUGCCGAUCCCAUUUCACCAAGGAAUACUAUCGAAGACUUACAUUUAAUUUGCUGCUUUUCUCCGCCACUAUUCCUGUGGUCGGCCAUGUUGUCAAGUUUGCUUUCCUCAGAUAUUGUGGUUACUUAAUGGUUACAUUCUCACUGUACUUGGAAAUGCAUACAAGAUUAUAUGGGUCGGUGCAGUUGCAGCGUAACAGUCCUUCCUUUCAGAUUGUGGAGAUUGCAUGGGAGAUGAUAGUCGGCAACAACCUUGUCUUGAACAGAUGGACAAUUGCAGUUGCUAUAUUGCAGUGUGUUCCGAUCCUUGGCUGGUUAUUCUACAAAAAGAACAUAGAUGGAUGUCUGUUGCUGCCUUUCAAGGUGGUGCUUGGGUUGCUAAAGGCUGCUCUAGUAAAGAGCAGAUUAAGCAAUAAUCCUAAGACCCAGUAGAAUCAAUGAGCAAUGUGCAACUUCCCCUCCCUAGCUGGAGCAGGUUGCUUCAAAUUUAGGUAUGGUAGAGGUCCAAUGAACUUGGAUUCUAGUCCUCGACGCCCUAAUGGGACAAACAAUAGAUCGAAAUUAUAACUUAUAUUUUUUUUAUGAUUUAAUUUGGGUACGAUUAACAUGAUACUUUAUAUCUUGUACAUUCCCUUGAAUUGUCAGAUACAUUCGUUUCUGAUCCAUAGAGAAAGCAGAUGUUAUUAUUAUAAAGCUAGUGAUCCACUGCUGUUGGUUCAGUAACUGUUGAUGCGUGCUGUGCAUCUUACUGAUGUAGUUCAUUGUCAAUGAAUGCACCAAUUUUUCU